GCCGUGACGUAUGAUCACCCACGCGUGAUUCUGCGCGAAAGUUAGGAAAAAAAAUUUCUAUGGGUGGGGUCUUGAUAACGAAUCCUCCCCCACUCCUUUCUUUAAGUUAGCGAAUCGAGUCGGUUUUAGCGUACUUUUUAUGGUCGUCGCAUCAGACCACUCCGUUGGACGCAGCUUUUGUUCCGUACUUAUAAUUAUUGUUAGUGUCAAAUAAUAAUAAGUGUUAAAGAAAUAAUCGUCGUUUCGAGAGGAAUGACGAAGUACAAUUUCGCGGUCGUUAAAACUUCUUUAAGAUCUGCAUCAUCGAAAUUUAUAUUUAGGAAAGUUUUGAUUUACGAAAUGUACAGUGCAAUAUGAAAAUAAAACGUUCGUCAAUUUUCAUGAUUCGAGAAUUAUAAACGUUGUGUAUGUAAAAAAGAAAGGAAAAGAAAAGAAGAAGAAGAAAAAAAAAAACAGUAAAAUAAAAAUGUUUCGUAAAGUAAAAGUUUACGUGUCGAUUCGUUGCUAACUACCAAUGAUUGUACAUGGCCUUCAAAGGUUAUUUACUAUUCUCUGACAACUGUGUAGAACGCUCGAUCUUUUACUUCAAAGAAAUUGUUCAUAGUUUAUAUCUGUAUAAAGGUGUAAUAAUAUAAAAUGGAGUCUAAUAAUUGCUUUACGGAGAAAAGGAGAAUAAGAGGAAAAGAUAUCCUUAGAAUGGAUGGUCUUUUACCACCGACUCGUCGUCUGCCAGUGUGCAAUGCUGUAACCUCAACAUCUUAUAAAAAAAAAGAAAAAAAGUGGUCUAUUGGAGGAAUAUUUAAGCGUAUAUCUUCUAUGCGUGAUGAUGACAGUUCUUCUAACGAAGAAGAAAUUGUUUAUUGUAAAAGAGAACCCAAGAAACCUCUUAAAAUCAAUAAGCAAUCAGAUGGUAUUGUACUUCAUCCGGUGAAAAAUAAUUGUCAAACAGAAUCUAAUAAUUUAAUAACUGAUACUAAUGAACAAUCCAUGGAAUCUCUUAACGUUCAUAUAGAUUCUGUACAUUCGCGUAGUAGCGAUGGUUCGUUAGAAGGUUUGGGUAGGAAAAUACGGAAAAAUAAAAUGAAGGCACGCGUAGAGGCUAAAAGAGAUCGAUUAUGUCCUAAUAGUAGUUCUGACGAGGAUUCACGUAUUUCCAAUAAUUCAUUGGCUAAAUCUCAAUUAGAUGAUCAUUCGCAGAGCAUAUGUAAAACGAAUUCUUACAAUAGACGUACUCGAGCUGCUAGAACGGAACGUUAUAUCAAACGUUUGUUUAAAGAAGAAGUGCACAUAGAUGAUGCUAAUCAAAUAAAUUGUAAAGAAGAUAGUUUGGAAUGUUUAGACGAAGGACAACGUGUUAUCGCGAAUUUAAGUGAUAUACAACGUCAAAUAAUGCAUUCACGACGAUCAACUAUACAAUCUAAUGAUCAAAUUGCUACAACACACAAGCCUAUUACGUUAAACACUCAAAAUAUCAAUAUAGGUACAGGUUGUUCUGAGAAUUGGUCGUAUGGUAAUAAAACUGAAUAUUCUACUCACAGACAUUUAACAGAUAUGAAUCAAAAUAAUUUUUAUGAAAAAAAUGCUCCUGGUCGUUGGAUAGAACAGGAUUCGAAUAAUGAUUUCACGUUGGCGUCAGUGAAAGAUCACGCGAUUGAACGAAGAUCGAUGACAAGAUCAUCUAAUCCACCAGAUCCUCCACCUCGUGAUCCUCGUCGUGUUCCCACCUAUGCGUGCCAUUCUUUUCCUUUUAAUGGUAGAAGUCAAAAGAAAAGGCUUUUCGAUGAAUAUACAAAUAUAAAUAUGGAUAAGAAACUCGAUUGGAUUGGUACACGAGCUUAUAGUUCGAAUGAAGAAAUUACACGUAGUAAAAAUAUUACACAACGUGAUUCAGAAAAUAUGUUUCUUUUAGAAUCUAAUAAGAUCAAUAUUCGUCCACGAGAAUAUACAAAUAAUAGAUACACGUCGAUGUGUAACCGUUCGAACGAGAUUGAACAUAAUUCGCGUCGAUUUCUUCAAAUGGAUGAAGCUUCAAAGUGUAGAAGAAAGAACAAUCGUAAUAAUCAACUUAACUCGAAUGUUAAUGAACACGGUGAGGGAGUAAAACAGAUCCAAUUAUCAAUGAACUGUGAAACAAAUGGUAUAUAUGGAAGAAUCUCAGCGCGUAAUACUCAAUCGUCUAGCGAACGUUCGUAUGUUUUUAGAAAUAACAAUGGGAAUGAAGUGAAUUCUGAAGAAAAAAAGAACGAAACAACGAAAAUGGAUGAGGCAGCUUUAGAGAGGAAACAAUCGUCGAAGAAUCUUGAAGAAGCGAUUUCUGAAUUGGAAGCCAUAUAUAAUAGUUUACGACUUGGGGACGAGGAUUUGUUAGAUCGUGCUGAAAGAAGAAGCAUGGAGGAAUUUAGUCUUAAACAUGGACAACCUGAAGAUGAACAAGUAAAGCCUACUCGUCCGGAUUCACCUGAUAGAUUGAAAGAUGAUAUGGCCUAUAGAAGAAUGCAUCCUGUUGAACGACCAACUUCUUUGUCGGAUAUUAUUGGACAAUCAUCGUUUUCAAACAUUAGUUAUCUUAUCGCUUCACCUGUGCUUUCACGUAGGGACAAUAUGUUUGAAACUAAGUCACCUAUUGGUAUAACUCGUCGUGACGAACCGGAUGUAACGAGAGACGACGUUGUCUUUCGUAGUAUACAUCGUGCCAAUAAUACACUUAAAGUGAUUGAACCUCAACCACCUUUUGGUAUACCACUUGGACCAGUGACCACUGCUACGGAGAGCGACUAUCUGCACACAGUGCCAAAUAAGUCUAAUCCACCUCGUUCACCGUAUAUACCACAAUGCGAACCUGACGUUAUUACCGAUGAUUUAGCUUUUAGGACACUUAGAAAGGAUGCCACGACAACAUCAGCAAAGAUUAACGUAGAUAAUCAAAGAGAAGGUAUUAAUAAUGAAUCUGUUAAUGAAUUUCCUGCUAAGAAAAAAAGAGCUGUUAGGUCUCUUUCCGCUAAUCUUUAUGGGCUAAUAAAUCAAGAACGUAUACAUUUGCACAGACAGCCAAGCCUUCGUGAGAUCAACGAUGAUAUCGAGAAUAUAGAUAAUAAUCGUAAAUUCGUAGAUAAGAUAAAUCAUUUUAGGCGUGUUGUCAGUGAUGGCGAAUUAUCCGAUCAAGGUAGUAUAAGAUGGCGCGGAGAAAGAUAUACAAAGAAUACUUUUGACAUAAAUGGAAAUCAUCAUGAUUCCGGUCUCUGUAGGAAAAUGCUUCGAGUUUAUGUCUCGCCGUCAACGACGAUGCAAUGGUCGAAUAAAAAUUCUAAUAAUCGCGAAGAAACGCCAACGUCCACUUUUCUCAGUGCUACCAGACGGACAUCGUCUGUUGACAUUACUCCAGAUUCUUGGAAACCCACUCGUGAUGAUUCUUUAAUUGGUAAAGAUAAUACGGAUUCAGAUUUCACUGCGUACAGUCGUUUGUGCCAAGACUUGGUAAAUAUAAUCAAAGAAUCCGAUGAUUCAGAAAUAAAAACCAACGAACAGGAUGUACUAAUUGAACCUAAAAGCUCUGUUCGUGAAAGUAAAGUUGAGAUUGAACCUUUAAUUACAGAAUUACGCAAUGAACUUGUUGAUGGUACGGUUCAAGAACAUUUCAAUGAAAAAUCUGAAAUCAAGAAAAUCAAUGAAACCAAUGAAAUUAAGGAAUCCAUUGACUUAAACCUAGACGAAGAAAAUACUAUAGAAAACGAAAAUGAUAAGCUCGAUUAUUAUCUUCGUUUGGCAAACGAGAACGUGAAGAUGAUUGCGGAGGCCUUUAGCAGCGUGGCUGACCAUCUACGCGAUGGCAUUGACGUUGGAGAUGAUUCAUCGAGCCGUCUUAAAACCGACAGCGACAAUACGCGUGAAACUAGCACACAUUCGUCAUCAUUUUUGGUCGAUGUAGAUGAAAAGACAUUGGAUGAGAUGUCAACGUCCUCGAAUAGCGAAGAUCUUGUUAAAAAAAGCACUGAAUCCGACGUAUCCGUAGAGAAGCUUGAUGUUCCUAACCUUAAAGAAAACAAUGUUAGACGUCAAUUGGACAUAGAGAUCGAUCUUAACAAAGCCGUGGAAGAUCUACAAAUAGCAGCAGCUAGUUUGAAUGGGAAUGUACAAGAAAUUGAAGAAUUCGGAGUUCAAUUAACAAAACUGAGUGAAAAUUGUUUGACCGUCGAAGUCGAAGAUAAGGUUAAUGAAAAAGACGAGGAGAGACUUAAAUUAUUUAUCAUAGAGAAGGAAGAUGUUAUUUCUAAGUCUGACGUAGGACAGAAAGAAGGAACAGAAAAAAAUGAAGAACAGAAAUGCGAGAUGUUCGAGCCAAUAGAAACGCAAGAUGAGGACAGGCGUAUUGCGGUUCGCGAAGGUUUCCAGGAUAUUAUUCGUUCGGCAUGUGAUAAAGGUUACCAUGCAAAUAUGUAAAUUCGAUUACUAUGGUGUCGUGGAUUCACACGUAUGGCGGCGACAAGUGUGUUCCUUUUUUUUUUUUUUUUUGAAUGUUUAAAUAAAAAGAAAAAAAACAAUACGCAACUCUCUCUACGAACCGAUUGAGAAAGGAACGAUUUUGUUGUUCUCGUCAUCGUCAUCGUCGUCGUCGUCGUCGUCAUUGUUGUUGUUGUUGUUGUUGUUGUUGUUGUUGUUGUUGUUACUACUGUUGCUGCUGCUGUUAUUGUUGCUAUUGUUAUUGUUGUUGGUUUUAAUAAAGUUUAGACAUUUGUGCCGCA